GUAAUGUCCGUCUUUGAGGCUUCAAUUUUUGAUGGGAUGUUGAGGAUGAACUUUGUUUAAGAUACGUUGAGUGAUUUGAUUUAAGCUGAAGUAGCUAAGAAUUUGAGAGGUUUUAACCUACACUUACUCCAAGAUAGAGCUAGAUGGCAAUAAGGGUUCUUGAAGCAUCAUAUUCCAUAGAAGGGAACAGUUUCUUUUCUUUGCUCUUUUUCCACUUCUAGAUCAAAAUGAUCUGAUUUAGAAUUUUUUUUUUUUUUUUUUUUUUGGCAUCAUAAAUCAAGUUUCGUAAAUAUCUUAGAUCUUGGUGUUAUCUGAAAAGGUCCUAGUUUAAGAUGUUACAGUAUUAUUUGGACUUUCGCCGGCUGCACUUGCCGAAAUCUUAUUAGAUUCAUUAAGAGAACUUUCUCCAAUGGGAAGAAUGCAUUUGGACUGCAAUUCGUCAUAAAAUGUUUGGCUUAACUAGAAAGGGUCAGUUUGAAUGUAACCAUUGUAGUGCCAUCUAUUCAACAUGCUAGAAAUGCAUACUAAAAGUCGAAUCUUGUUGGCAAAUGGCAAUAUAGAUGCUGUAUAUAUUCAUAGCUUGAAGUCACUUGAUAUAACAGAGUAAAACAUAGACUUAGAAGUAUGGUCAUACUCUGAAACGCUGUAGUAUAACUUUGGUACCCUUAUGAUUUGGUGAUUUUAUUGUUCAGAUAUCUGAUGGAUUUGGGUGCAUAGAUUGUGUCGUGUCUCAUGUCCAUUGGAAUACUGAAAGGCUUAAUGAGUUUACUAAAGACAAGCUCUUCUCAGCAUUGUUCUAAAACACUGCUUGUGUUCUCUGUAGUUCUUGUCAUUCAAGUAUGAAUGAGGAUCAGCAUAUUUAGAAUGUUGUGCCUUCAGUUCUCAAGUGUUUGGUUCCAAUAUAUGUCUAAAAUGGGUAAUUUCGUUGAAAAAUAACUUAGGAAAAAAAAUAAUAAACAAAAAGGCAAUGUCUAAAAUGGCUUAUAUGGUUGUUUUACUAGUUUGAAUGCGACCAUGCAAUCUGCCGUUAAGAAAUGCUUGCAGGUUAGAAGAUGGAAAUUCUUGAUUUCAUGGAUUUUUUUGUUGAUACUCUGUAAUUGGGAUCUAGGCAAUGUCUUCAAUUUUUUAAGUGCACCCUUUUGAUUAUUUUUUUUACUAGAAGGUCCUUAUAUACUGUGUUUCUUGCAGAAUAAGACUUCUAUUUUUAUGAGACAAUUGUAUCCCUUAUCGGAAACAAGCUCAUUAUGUCUGAGGGAGUAGUUUGACAUAGUGGUACUGCAUCACAGUAAAUUUCAAAAGGUCAUAUAAAUUGCAAAAGGUCAUAUGCCAAGGGGAGUGGGAGGACUUUCUACAACAAAUAUAAAAGCAGCUUAUGAUGUUGAACUGAUGAGUAGUUCUACAUCUAGAAUUCAGCACGAGCUGUGGCCACUUGAAGAGAUUAAUCCAAAGGCCGCUAGGUUUCCAUGUUGUUUAGUUUGGACUCCGCUCCCAGUUGUUUCGUGGCUGGCACCUUUCAUGGGGCAUGUUGGUAUUUGCAGGGAGGAUGGAAUUAUUUUGGAUUUUUCAGGUUCCAACUUUGUGAAUGCUGAUGAUUUUGCUUUUGGUGCUGUGGCCAGAUAUCUUCAGCUUGAUCGGAAUCAGUGUUGCUUUCCCCCAAAUCUGGCUGCGCACGCAUGCAAUCAUGGUUAUCAGCACACAGAAUUUGGAACAGCAAUCACAUGGGAUGAUGCUCUACAGUCAAGUGUGCGACAAUUUGAGCACAAAACUUACAACCUAUUUACAUGCAACUGCCACUCCUUCGUUGCUAAUUGUCUGAACAGGCUUUGUUACGGUGGAUCAAUGGGUUGGAACAUGAUAAAUGUGGCAGCUUUAAUACUGUUUAAGGGGCAGUGGGUUAACAGCAUGUCAAUUAUACGGUCAUUUCUUCCAUUCGUGGUGGUGCUCUGCAUAGGCGUAUUGAUGGUGGGCUGGCCGUUCUUGAUUGGGCUGUUCUCAUUUUCUUUCCUCCUUUUAGGGUGGUUUGUAUUUGGUACCUAUUGCGUCACAGGACUGAUAGAGUGCUAGUGCUUGGUCCUUGCGUUAUUAAUGUUUUGUAAAGGAAGCAAAGAUGGUACAGAUUAAUGUUUUCUUCUGAAAAUUAUGUUCAUAGUACAUGCUAAAGAGAUGCAGCAAGUUUUCUGCGGAGAGCUUUGCUGAUGUUACAGUAUAAAGUCUACUCCGCAUCAAGGAACUGAACUAAUUGUAGAUCUGUUUUAGAACAGAAACUGAACGUUUGGUUUAAAUCUUUUUGCUUUAAUCUUGGUUCUGGUUGGCAUUU